ACCGAGGACAGUGGCUCUCUCUCUCUCUCUCUCUCUACUAACUUCCUGACAUUCUCCAAAACGUCUCUCUCUCUAUAGAAAGUAGUAGCAGUUGGGCUCCCGUUCUCUCUGCUACAAUUUUUACGACGAAAACACCCUCCGUCUUCCUACAAAACUCCAAACAUCUCCCUUGUCUUUUUAGAUUCUACCCGUAGUCAAAGAUCCUCUGCCUCUCACCGCACUUUCUCUCAUUUUCCCUCACUUUCUCGGCCAUGAAAUCUCAGCUCCUUGCUUGACACAUACCGCGAAACCGCAUGGAUUUGAUCGAAGGAGUGGGAGAGAGCUCGUCGCCGCCGAGGAGCUUCGGCGGAGGCUUCAGCAGCACCGAUGUGCGAAACGACGUGUACAAUCGGUUGAUGGAGAGCGGGCUCGACGAGGUCGUCUCUAAUCCGGAGUUUCGCGAGCUCUUGGACGCUCACUUCAAUCGCUUGCCUCAAAGUUAUGGACUUGACGUAAAUAUUGAUAGAGUGGAAGACGUUUUGUUACAUCAAAGGAUUCUUGCAUUGGCAAAGGACCCAGAGAAGCGACCUGUAUAUCAUAUCCGUUUCUUGGAGAAUACUUUUACUAGAACAGAUGGUAAUGAUGAUCAACAAUUUGUAAGUGCUCUCUCUACCCCAAGGCCAUCUUGUGAUACUGAAAAUGAAGGAGCCGGGCCAUCACAUAAGAGAAUCAGGGAUUGUGCGACUGACUUUGAACCUUGCUCUAAGCUUGAGGACCUAAAUUUGGAUACCAGAGACAUGGAGGAGAGAUAUCUUACAGGGAAUUUUUCCAGAAGGCAAGAACUUUCACAUGUUCCGGUACAUGAAGUAAUAUUUUCUACCAUUGACAAGCCCAAGCUUCUUAGUCAGCUUUCUGCAUUGCUUUCGGAUAUAGGACUGAAUAUCCGUGAAGCACAUGUGUUCUCAACAACUGACGGCUACUCCCUUGAUGUUUUUGUGGUGGAUGGGUGGCCUUUUGAGGAUGCAGAUGGUUUGUAUAAAGCUAUGGAAAAUGCAGUUGCUAGAAGUGAGGGAUCAUGGUCUCGUUUUUCAAGUUCUCAUUCAGCUGUGGAAAAAGCAUUGGCAACAGAAGCAAAAUCUGGAGAUUGGGAAAUAGAUAGAAGAUUAUUGAAGAUAGGAGAAAGAAUUGCAUCUGGUUCUUGUGGAGAUCUGUAUCAUGGAGUUUAUCUUAAUCAAGAUGUUGCUGUUAAGAUUCUUAGAUCUGAGCAUUUGAAUGAUGCUUUGGAGGAUGAGUUUGCUCAAGAAGUGGCAAUUCUAAGGGAGGUCCGGCACAAAAAUGUUGUUCGUUUUAUUGGUGCUUGUACCAAGCCUUCAGAAAUGUGCAUAGUAACAGAGUAUAUGCCUGGAGGAAGUUUGUAUGAUUACUUGCAUAAGAAUCAUAACGUCUUGGAACUCCCUCAGCUGCUAAAGUUCGCAAUUGAUGUCAGCAAGGGAAUGGAGUAUUUGCAUCUAAGCGACAUAAUUCAUAGGGACCUGAAGACGGCAAAUUUGCUAAUGGACAAUCAUAAUGCUGUUAAGGUGGCAGAUUUUGGUGUUGCCCGAUUCCAAAAUCAAGGGGGAGUAAUGACCGCAGAGACUGGAACAUACAGAUGGAUGGCACCUGAGGUUAUAAAUCAUCAACCAUAUAAUCAGAAAGCAGAUGUAUUCAGUUUUGCUAUAGUACUGUGGGAGCUCGUGACAGCCAAGGUUCCAUAUGAUACCAUGACUCCGUUACAAGCUGCACUGGGUGUGAGACAGGGACUGCGUCCAGAUAUUCCCCAAAAUGCACACCCCAAGCUGUUAGAACUAAUGCAGAGAUGUUGGGAAGCAGUUCCAGAGAAACGGCCUUCCUUCUCCGAGAUAACAGCUGAACUUGAAAAUCUCGUUGAAGAUGUUCAGGCGCAAACACCCACCCACAAUCACCUUGAGAGAACUUCAGAAGUAACGAGCAGCUCUUGAACAUUCUCAACACGCAAUAUUCAAAGCGGCUCAUUUUCAGGCAUUCGGGUGAGGAUUUUUCCUUUUUUUUUUUGUUUUUUUUUUUUUGUUCUUCAAUUAGAUGUGAGGUUAUUUUGUACAUCUGAGCGAAGAAAAAUUUCAGAAGGCUGUCCAAUACAAGGUGAGAGGGAGAAGAGUAUCAUGAUAUGUGUGUAGUUAAUGUAUACUCUUCCACGGACUUAAAGCAACAUCAUGAUAAAUUUCACUGUGAAAAUUGUUUUGAGCAAUGAUCGCACUUUUUGAGGAAUGAA